AUGUCUCCGACAUCAAACAAAGAAGAUACUGACUUUUUGGCGACAGUGGGCGUUCCAACUGCUGCUGCUCCUCCGCCAGGUGGCGACAGCAGUAGCAAUAAGGGUGUGAAGAGGAAGAGGCAGGAGCAGGAGGAUGAGGCGGAGAGUCUGGAGGAUUUCCUGAGCAAGGUGUGUGAUAGGGUUUGGCGGGAGGUGCAGGAGGAGGAGCAGCGGCGGCGGCAGCAGGAGGAGCUGGAGAGGGAGAUUGAGGAGCAGGAGAGGUAUGUGGAGGAGCUGGAGAGGGAGUACGAGGAGAGGUAUUUGGAGGAUGAGUAUGCGGAGUGGCAGGAGUGGCGGGAGCGGGUGAGGAAGGCGGCGGAGGAUGAGAUGGCUGGGAAGAAGAGAAGGAGGGAGGUGAAGAAGCGGAGGGUUGGGUGGUGUUGCUCGCUCGCUCGCUCGGUGCCAGAGGCCUUGGUGGGAGCUUCCGAUGCUGGCCUGGCGAUGGCGGAGCGUCUCUGCAUUUUGUUGGAGGAAGGGCGGCCGGAACAAGAACGGGCACGCCGGGCGACCGCCGGUGAACCAAGUCUCGUGCCUCGGAACGAUGGUAAGGUCAACCUAGAGGAAGCCAAACAAACGCAGGCAUACGGAGGCACUGCGGGUCUGGUAGAAGGGUGUGACCUUUUUGUCCUUGGUCUCCUCGGUAACCUAGGCGGCCUCGGAAGCAGUUCGGUCAAAACCGACAAGAGAGCCGCUCUCGGUGGUGGUGGAGGUGGCGGCGGCGGAGGAAGAGGAAGCGAAGUAGCGCUGCUUCUAGUGACAACAGGGGCAACGGGAGAGCCGGACACCAUAUGCGCCAAGUCGACCAACUACUCCCAAUGGCAAGGAAGAGAGGGAGAGAUUUCAGCAGUGGCUUGGAUGUUGUAUGUCGAAGUCUGGAAGAAGGUCGGAUUCGAAAUGGAGGCGCCUCCGGGACCGCCGGACAACCCAGGAAGAGCCGGGAGGGUGUUGCUUCAUUUGAUGGAUCCAGUGGUCGGGUUGCUGUUUACGGGAGCCGUGGGGAUGGCUGUUUGGAGUGUUUCUCCCGAUGGGGACGCCGGCGAUGGCAUGGGUGCUGAGACCUUCGUGGUUUUUGGGCUAUGGGUGUUGGGUGCGGAGGAUGGAGGUCGAAGAAUGGAGGAGUGGAGGAGAGAAGGACAAGAACGGCGACACAUUUUAGUAUCCAGUGUCGUGCUUUCCAAAAUAUAA